GUCAGUAACAAUAGAGUUGUAAAUAAAAGCGUACUCGCAUCUCGAGUAUUUACAAUUUCUUUCUGAGAAUCAGAAAAUUAAGUUUCAUUUGAGCACUCGGGCCUGUUAACAAACAUCAUGCCUCCUAAAUCUGGUAAGAAACCCGAAGCAUCUAAAGGCAAGAAAAACGUCGUAGCUGGUGACAAAAAGAAGCGCAAAGGUCGUCGCAAGGAGAGCUACGCCAUCUACAUUUACAAAGUUCUGAAGCAAGUUCAUCCCGACACAGGAAUCUCCAGCAAAGCAAUGGGCAUCAUGAAUUCGUUCGUGAACGAUAUAUUCGAACGCAUCGCUGCAGAGUCGUCUCGACUAGCGCACUACAACAAGAAGUCCACAAUCAGCUCGCGAGAGAUUCAGACUGCAAUUCGCCUACUACUACCAGGGGAGCUUGCCAAACACGCCGUCAGCGAGGGGACCAAAGCCGUUACUAAGUAUACCAGCAGCAAGUGAUUCAUUGCUCUAUAGCAAUAAAACGGCUCUUUUAGGAGCCACCACAUAGAGAAAAGUUCAAGUCACAUGCAAUCUGACUAUAACAAAACAAAUAACCCCUGCCUCUCCCAUAACAAACAACACAAAAACAUAUACACUACAUAUCUAGAGUCAACAUGCACCUCUCCCUAUAAAAAAAAAACAAUAACAACCUCAACCGAAAGAGUACGCGCAUACGCAAAACACCGAAAAGCAGAUUUUUGAUUCGUCGAUAGAAAAAAAAAAUAUAAAAGUCGCUUAAGGAAUAGCAUCGUUAUUGUCAAGCAUAAACAAGAAAUGCAACCGCCACUAGACUCUAUAUUGAUGAUGAUGUCUAGCUUCGAAAUAAACACGGUUAUAUCUUUA